CAGGAGGAGAGAAACACGACACCCCGGCGUAGAGAGGGGGGGGGGGAGCGGACACGAAGCGAGCGAGCGAGUGGAAAAAGAAGAAAGUGUGAGCCGGAGAAAGAGAGAGGGAGCGGGCAGAGAGAGGGAGAGUUGGCAUCGGUACUUUUGUUCCUUUCGGCAGCUCCGCGUUUCUGGACCGAGGAGGACGAUGAUGACGACGAUGAUGAAGAUGGUGAUGUGGAGGAGGAAUCGAACAUGCGACAUCGCCACCACGCACGGGCUGAACGUUUAGACAUUCCGUCGCUCCAGCCACCGACCGACUCCGGCACGACUCCGGCAAACUUCGACGUGCGCCAUUCGGACCCGGGCGACCGGAUCGUCCCCUUCCCUCCGCCUCCGGAGACCUGGGGCAACUUUUUUUUUUUUACACACACGUCCUGAAAAACAACCAGAAAAAGUUUUCCGAGUCACCGUGGACGCGCGGAGACGGACGAGCGGAGCUUACCGGAGCUUUUAUCAGAUUUUUUUUUAUUUUUUUACCACAACUUCCAGCCGCCGAGCUCCGGGCUGGUUGUUCCCCGACGAGCCUCUUGUGAGAACAACACCGGAGGAGGGAGUGGGGUGUCACGGCUAACUCCGCUAACGGCUAGCUAGCUAACCAAACCACCGUGCAAAGUUACCAGUCGGUCGACGGGUAGGGGGGGGGAGAGUGGAGAGUGACCGAAGCGACCGCACCGAAGACGGCGACGAAGAUGAAGACCCCGGGAGACUCCGGGUUUGCUUUUCCCGAAUGGGCCUACAAGCCCGAGUCGAGCCCGGGAUCCCGGCAGAUCCAGCUGUGGCACUUCAUCCUGGAGCUGCUGCGGAAAGAGGAGUACCAUGACGUCAUCGCCUGGCAGGGAGACUACGGCGAGUUUGUCAUCAAGGACCCAGACGAGGUGGCCCGCUUGUGGGGGGCGAGGAAGUGUAAACCACAGAUGAACUACGACAAGCUCAGCCGAGCACUAAGAUACUACUACAACAAGAGGAUCCUCCACAAGACCAAAGGGAAGAGAUUCACCUACAAGUUCAACUUCAACAAACUGGUGCUGGUCAACUACCCCUUCAUCGACAUGGGCACUGGUCGAGGAGUUCCUCAGAGCGCCCCUCCGGUGCCAACUGGAAGCUCCCACUUCCGUUUCCCCCCCUCCACGCCAUCAGAUGUCCUCUCCUCCAGCGAGGAGCUGCGCAGUCCGGGCAUGUUCAGCAGCGUGGCCCGUCGUAUGGCUCGGGGCUCAGUGAGCGACUGCAGCGACGGCACCUCCACCAACUCGGAGCUGGAGGAGGGCCUGGGGGCCGAUGAGCGAGGCGUGGGGCCGGAGAGGGCUUUCAGGGGCCUGCUUCCCCACCGCAUGCCUCACGAUUCUCUCUUCAGGAUCUACCCGAACACAGGAGGGCUCCCCAGACCUGCCCCGAGGGUCCACCCAGAUUCCCUGUCCCCGUUCCCUGUCCCCCUGCCUGGCCCCGGGGGUCUCCUGGCCCCAACUCUGUCCCCCGCUCUGUCCAUGACCCCCACCCCCCAUAUGCCCUACACCCCAUCCCCUCCCUUUUCACCGAUGAUGGGCUCCCACUUUUCCUUCAACCCAGAGGAUAUGAAGCACUACCUGCAGGCCCACACCCAGUCUGUCUACAACUACCACCUCAGCCCCCGAGCUUUCUUCCACUACCCCAACAUCAUCAUCCCUCAGCCCCACCGCCCCACCAUGGAGAAGAUGCCCACUCACCACCUGCACGCGCCCCUGUCGCUCCCUCAUUCCCUCGGCCAUCACGUAGGAGGUGGGGAGGAGGGACCGCAGCACCCGUCUCCAUUCAAGUUCAAGUUGCAGCCUCCACCGCUCGGGCGCAAACAGAGGGAUUCAGGAAGCUCCUUGGCUGCUUCUGCUUCCUCAUCUUCCUCCAGCCAGUCGUCCUCGUUCAGUGGCUCCGGGCAGAUGAACAACUCUCUCCUGGCGGCGGGGCCUCCAAAGAUCAAGGUGGAGCCCAUAUCUGACAUCGAGUCGGAAGAGGAGGUGGAAGUGACUGACAUCAGUGAGGAAGACGAGCUGGAUAACAACAAUGACAGAGGACACAUCUUCAUCCCAACACCUCAUCAUCACCUGCUCAAGAACCAUCACCACGCCAACGGGAAUGGCAGCUCUGCUCCUCUUCCUCCACACAGCAACCACCACGAUGAUGAUGAUGAUGACGUCUUCAAGACUCCUGCCACUCCCACCAUUGGCAGUGCCGGCCUGGCCUUUCCUCUGAUUGGUCUGAAGAGCGAGCCGGGUCACUCGGCGCCCAUCAGCCCCGGUGGCACGCUCUGCAUCCCGCUCAAACUGCGCUUCAAACGCCGCUGGAGCGAGGACCAGAAGAUGGAGGCGGACGGAGAGAAGGACGAGGCGGAGGACAAGAAAGUGAGGGCCGAGGGAGACGAGGUUGUGGAGGGGAAGGCCGAGGAGGUGGGGAGGAGGGGAGGGGAGGUAGAAAAUGGGGGAGGACAAGGAGGCGGAGGAGGGGGUGUUAUUUUGGGGUUGAUGCUGCCACCACCUCCCACCCAGCGUAGAGCGAGCUCAGAGCUGCAGAGGGCGACGGCACAGCUGUCUCUGGAAAACCCUGGCUGCUGAGCCUCAUGCACACACACACACACACAGACACACACAGACGCACACACACGCACAGUGUUGGCAACAAGUUUCACAUUUUGAUUUAGACCAUAAUGCCUUGUGGGAAAUUAAAUGGAGAGAACUAGGUUAUUACAUCAACAUGAGUCUUAUGUAGAAAACAGCUUUUUGCGCGGUCGGUCACUUUUUACUCCCGAAAUUUUACGGACAAAAUAUUUUCCUCCGUGUUCACGAGAAAGUAAAGAACCUGUUUUUACAGCGUCAGUGACUUUGAACAUCGGCGUCAGCGAGUGGCUGCCAGAUGUUCUGGUCUUUGUGAAACUGAGGCUACAUCUGCACAAGUUUGAGUUUUAACAGGCGUUGUUACGUUCACGUUUUCCGUCCGUCUCCCCCCCAGCUACUUCUGGAAACGCUGCUGUACUCGUUAUAGUUUGAAAACGCCCCCCGGCUGUGUUGUAGGGUGGUCGGGGGGGGGAAAGCAGGCGCCCACCUUCGGUUUCUUAUCAGCUUCGACUCAAAAUGUUGUUAAACACUUCUACCAACUUCUGAAUAGACAAUCCACUUCCUGUUUUUACCGGCGUGUCUCAGGUGUGUUAGUCUGGACGUGGACCCGACGGACAUUGUUUCAGUUUUUAAAACGUACUUGUGUGGAUGUAGCCGUGUCUGUGCCUGUGUAGCCUCCAAUGUGCAGCAGGGCAUCGAACCUCCGUGUCCCUGGUCCCAGAUCAAACGCAGCAGUGUUUCCUCUGUGACUUCCAACACUACAAGAUGAACUUAGUCUGUACAUCGACUUCAGAUCUCAAACCAGUGCCCUGCAGAGACGGGGGCUGCCUCCUCGAUGCCUCCUCGCCCUCAUAGUGCCAGUAACUCUCCCCCGUCUUUAAUGGGAUUUAAUGGGUCUGUGUGUUUGUGUGGUCCAUCUCUUUACCGAGGGCAGCAUGAAUUGUACAGCAGUAGAUAGAGUGAAUUUCUCUGGCUCGUUUUGAAGGUGGUGAGCUCCUUUUCGUAACCUCCCUCUCUUCUUUGUGUUCUUUCCUCCUCCAUCUUCGCCACGACAGACGGACAGACCCGGACGUUACUAAAAACACAUUUAACAGCGCUGAUUGCAGAAGUGCCUCUUUGUCCGCACCCGUCAGCCUGCAGGCGUUUACAAGGUGGAGGACAGUGAGCAAAACAAAUUAAAAAGAAACAGCGUCGCACCGAUGGAUCCUACAGAGGUGAUGAUGAUGAAGAAGAAGAACUCUUAUGAUCACAGUGUGAACUCGGACACUGGCCUCCUCUUCAUCCUCCGCCUGUUCACCACACUGUAUAAAGACGUGAACCGAGGAUUGGAUUUGUUCGUGUUGUAGAUUUUGACGAACUCUUUUUUUUCGGUCCCUCGAUCUCUGCACCGGUCUCACGGACGAACGUGGUUCUCACUGUACAGAAAAAAACCACCGGGGCAUCGAGAUCUCUCCUCCUCUUCCUCCUCUUCCUCCUCCUCCUCCUCCUCCUCUCGGUGAGGAAGCAGCUACGAGCGAGGCUGUAAUUAGAGACACACUUGUUUCUGAACGUGUGCGUGGACCCAGAGCUGGUGUUUAAAAGUGUCUCAGCUUCUUUUGGAUCUUCUGAGGGGUUCUGAGGACGGAGCGUCUCCUCCCUCACACCCACAGAUCAUCGGCUCUCGUCUGCAUUCCCCCUGUUUAUCUUCUGAAGACUGUCCUCUUUCUGUCAGAGGACGUUUGUGCCUCCUGAGGACACGGGCAGUAUUUUACGGGCAUUCGCAGCCAUCUGAGGGCUUUCUGUAUUCUGGACGUAAUCGCCGAAUCUGUUCAUGUGAUGUUUUGAGAAGCGGCGACUGAGGAGAAAUGAUUUUGUCUGGGGGGGAGGGCGGGGGCGGAGAGCAGAACCACGUACUGAAGAAUGUCGAGCCUCAAGGUUAACUCAGGCAAAACCUUCACUGAGAAAAAAAAAAACGACUUAUUUUUGUGACCUUUUAUUCAUAUAGUUUAAAAAAAGACCUUGUGCCCAUUUUAAUGAACAAACGAUUCCAAAUAAGAAACGUGCCUUUGUGAAGCCAACGUGAGUUUAAAACCAGUUCCCCCAGUGAAACACUUGAUCCCACACACACAACCACCAUGCCUUCACCUUUUUGUAAAAGAGAGAUACAGAAUAAGUAAAUCUACACAUAUAUAUAUAUAUUUUAUUCAAAUAUAUAUUGAAUUCAAAUAGUAUAUUUCAAUAUGGUCAUUUGAUACAAAUCAGGAAAAAAAAAUCCUAUUUUUAAUGGUAAAGAUGUGUAUAUAUUCUAAUGGGCAUAUUAUUACCAGUAUAUUUCAGCCUUUGCCUUCUCACCCUUGCCUUCUCUUCGACCGUCGAGCUGCAGCGACAAAGGCCGCCGCCGCCGUCAGAGUUUUAUAUUUAUAUUGUAAAAAAUAAAAAAAACAGUUAUGGUGUAUUCAGGGGAGGGAGGGUGUGACGAGGAUAGAUGAGCGAGCGCGAACAUUCACCGGACCUGAGUCGAAUCAUAUUUACAUUGUUAGUGGGGCGUGUUUGUUUUUAACAUCCCUGGCAGUAGCAGCCCGGGUGGGGUUUACCUGAUCAGGAGCCACUGUCAGUCACAGACGGGCACAUUUAAAUUCAGCCGGUAAGCCCCGCCCACCUCGAACUGAAACGCCCCAAAUGAUUCACAGCCGUCGUCUGAGACAGAUCUGCUUUAAAAAAUAAAAAACACAAAAAAAAAGCGUGGAGGUGGUGACGGGCCCACGUGUUCAGAGCAGACGGAUUCUGAUUGGACGACACAGACACGGGACGGUUUCACUUCUGCGUCACCUGAUGUGACCGGACUUUGGUUUGAGUGGACUGGAGCAGCUUUGUGUGUGUGGGUUAGUCUCACACACACAGACACACACACACACACACACACACACAGUGCUGGUUAGAAACAGGCUUUACUGUGGCUACAAUAAAGGGAAGCAUGACGACAUAUGACAUCAGACGCUGCCACAGUCGACUGCAGAAACACACACACAGGAAAUUAGAGGGACUUCCCAUAAUAUGACUCGCUCACUCUGCUCGGUAGAUGGCAAAAUCACACACACACACACAAACACACAAAGCUUUAAAACGCAGUCUGCAAAGGCCUCUGGGUAACGUAGUUCCACUUCUGCAGGUUUAUAGAAGCAGCUCCGGCCUCGUGUCCGUGUCGUCGUCAGUUCGUCGUCUCGAGGUUUUAUUUUCUUCCUCGGUUACAAAAAAGAAACUUCUGUUCUUCUACAAGCAAACAAAUAAUCAGAAUUCCUCCUUUUGGGGGAAAAAAACACUCGUUAUCGUUUGAGAUUCGAGAAAAUCUGGCAGAACGUGAAGAACAGUUGUGUCAGGUUUCAAGUGUCUGGUGAAGAAAAACCAAAACCUCCGAGCCGAACCUGAACGUUCGACCUUUGACCCUCUGUGGCCUCAGCGACACGGAAACAGGCGGGAAGGAGAAGUGUCUGUGACCAGGUCGAUGUUUGCACCCCUCGAUUUCAUCGUUGCUGUUCUUGUCGUUUUCUUCUGUAUGUUUUCAGACGUAUUACUGUUACUCUUGUAAUUAUUACAGUAUAUUAUUAACAUGACUAUUGUUUUUGUAUUGUUUUGUACCCUCUUGCUGUGGCCUGGCCUCUUCUCCAUGAGCGACAGCUUUUCAACUUCAGUGCGGUCCUUUCUUUUUAUUUUUUUAUUUUUACUCACACUGAUUUUAUAAUCAUGUUACCAUGGACAACAGGAGGGUCACACCAUCCCCCCCGAUAUACAGCAGGGGAAAGAAACUAUUUUCAUUUUUUUUUUUGAUGUUGUGUAUAUAUAUAUUUUCUUUUCCAUUUUGGAGGAUUCUGUAAGAAAAAAAAGCAUUGUACUGUUUAACCAUUGUAUUAUUUGAAAUGCCCCCUGUCCUCCCCUCUGUCUCUGUCUCUCCUCUCACGUCCACCUCGGCGGUGAACUGUCACUCCAGGGGGGAGACAGAGUUGUUUUCAUCACGGAGGAAUCGCCUGUACUUCUGUUUCUCUUCAAUUUGUUCAUCUUCAUUUGUAAUUAAACAAUAAUCAGGGUUCAUUAAAAAAGGUAAAAAUGGA